GAACUUAAGUUGCCUGUUUACAAGGCUGAUUCACCACAGAUUGGGAUGCGGCGAUACUUCGUUGGCCUCUUGACUGCCAUCAGCAACCAUUGCAAUCUCUGCCCUAUGGCUCGGCAUCUUGCUAUCUAUUUAUUGGACAUCCUUAUGGAUCGCUAUGAUAUGUCUGUCGAGCAACUACAUGUCAUUUCAUUUGGCUGUCUUCUCCUAGCAAGUAAAUUUGAAGAAAGAGAAGUUAAAGUUCCAAGGUUGGCAUUUUUAAAUAACGUGGCACAGAUGUGCAAUGUGAAUGUAGUAUUGAAAAAGGAAGACUUAUUUAGAUUGGAAUUGCUGGUUUUCGAAAACUUCGACUGGAACCUCUGUCUACCAACACCAGCACACUACAUUGACUACUACCUCAGUGUGUCUGUUGGCAAGUAUGACCUACACAAUGGCUGGCCAAUCAUCUCACUGACCAAAAUCAAAUAUUUGCUGGAGAAAUACACGUAUUAUUUCCUUGAGCUCUCAUUGCAAGAGCACAGUUUCCUCCAUUUUCGUCCAUCUCUGAUCGCUGCAGCUUGUGUGUGCGCCUCACGUAUCUGUAUGCAGAUUUCUCCUGCCUGGACAACAGAGCUUGAAUUGCUAACAUGUUACUCCUGGGAACAUCUUACCCAAUGCACUGAAAUGAUAUUAAUGUGUUAUGAGAAUGACAUCAAAGAAGCCAGUAACAUAAAGCAGGUAACAAUUCAACGUCAAGAAUGGGAAGCUCUGGGAACUCCAAGCUAUCAAGCCACUACUCAAGUCCUCUUCCAGCAAUCUAUUUAUCACCCUUUAGCCCAGCGUUCAGCUACGUGUUCCCUGUUCCAGUCGCCAGUGCAAGAUUUGUGCUCUGCUUAUCGUGACUCCUUACAGGUCCACAGGCCCAGCGAUCUGCUUGCUAGGAGUGCUGACAGCUCGCUGCACUCCUGCGCAGCUCCUCAGACCAGCCUUUGGCCAUCUGCCCAGGUUCUGCCCACCCAAAUGCCUGUUGCUGGGCAAGUGGCAUUAGAAACACAGCCUAGACACGGCAUGCCCAUGGCUUAUGGCAGUAGUUACUUUAGUAGUCACCAGUUGUAUGCAUCUAGGUGUUUUGAAGGAUAA